GCGGGAGCGGCGGCAGCGGCGGGGACUGCUGCUGAAGACUGAAGCUCCUCACCCCACCCCCGGGCCAGGGGCACCCGCUUCCUCAGGAUCCCGUGGCCCGCCCCCUCCCUGGCAUGGAGCUGCGGGAAGAGCCCUGGGCCUCGGGGCCCCUGGAUUCGGAAGAGCAGCAGAUCCCCAGCCUUGAGCACCCAGUGGGCAUCCUGAUCAUGACGGACAGCGAGGAGGACGAGGGCGGCGCGUCCAGCCCGAAGGGGGGCUCCGCGGCCGGCGCGGUCCCUCCCCCGGCGGGCCGGCGGCGCGGGGGCGGGGCGGCCAGGGUCCCGGGCGCCCCGCGGCCCCGCCCGGGGGCCCCGGGCCAGAGCCCGUACAUCUGCAACGAGUGCGGCAAGAGCUUCAGCCACUGGUCCAAGCUGACGCGCCACCAGCGCACGCACACGGGCGAGCGGCCCAACACCUGCGGCGAGUGCGGGAAGAGCUUCAGCCAGAGCUCCCACCUGGUGCAGCACCGGCGCACCCACACGGGCGAGAAGCCCUACGCCUGCACCGAGUGCGGCAAGCGGUUCAGCUGGAGCUCCAACCUCAUGCAGCACCAGCGCAUCCACACGGGCGAGAAGCCGUACGCCUGCCCCGACUGCGGCCGCUCCUUCACGCAGAGCAAGAGCCUGGCCAAGCACCGUCGCUCCCACACGGGCGAGAAGCCCUUCUGCUGCCCGCACUGCGCCCGCGGCUUCAGCCAGAGCAAGAGCCUGGCCCGCCACCUCCGCCUCCACCCGCCGGCCGCCCGGGGACCCGGGCUGCCCGCCGGGCCCGGGACCCCCGGCCCCGGCCGGCCGACCCGCCGCCCGCCCCCGGCCCCCAAGCCCUACGUGUGCGUGGAGUGCGGGAGGGGCUUCGGGCUGAGCGCCGGCCUGCUGGCUCACCAGCGCACCCACCGCGAGGAGGGCCGGGGGGCCGCCGCCGCCGAGGAGCCGGCGCACAUCUGCGUGGAGUGCGGCGAGGGCUUCCGGCAAGGGGCGGCCCUGCGUCGCCACAAACAGGUGCACGCGGUGGAGGCGCCCCGCGUCUGCGGAGGCUGCGGCAACAGCUACUACCGGGGGCCGGGCCGGGCCGGCCGCUGCCCCCACUGCCAGGAGAGCGGUCGGUAGUGGGGAGGCCCGCCGCCUCCCGUGCGUCUCUCCUCCCAAGCCACCGGGGCCGGGCCGCCUCCCGGGGCCCGCGGCACGGGGGCCCCGAGCCCCCUUGCCCCGGCGAGGGCGGCCCGGGCCCUCCGUAGGACCGGAGCAGGCCCGUAGGAGUUUCUCGUAGGCUUGAUUUGUCUCCGGUUUUUUUUUUGAGGCGCCCGCCCCGAUCCCCCGACCUCUCCUCUGCCCUCGCUCUCCCCAUCCUCUUCCUCUCGUUGCCCCCAUCUGGCCUGCUGCGAGCGGGGAGCGGGGAGGCGUCCUGGAGGGCGGGGGGCGAAGCCAAAGGGCACCGUCCCCUCCUCCCGCCCCUGAGCGCAGAGCCCACGGGCUGAGAUCGCAAAAGGCGGAACUGGAAUGGGAUCAGAGGAAGACUGGAGGCUGGGCUCGGGGAGGCCGGUGCCCGGGGCGGGGAAGGGGGCCCGGGAAACCUCGACACAAGCCCCCUCCCCAGCUCAGCCCAGCCCUGGGCCACCGGCCGGGGGUCGGCGGGUAGGAGCUGGGCCAAUAAACAAG